UUAACGAGAGGCAGCCUUGUAGCCGCGACACUCGGCUGAGCUUCUGCCUGUGUAUUCAUUGAUUCAAGCUGUAGUUAUUGAACUAGAUCUGCAGUCACGCUUGUUGCCAGUAGUCGAGGGAGGAGAAGUACACGGCGAAUGCUGGCCGGACCAGUCGCUUUUACAUCAUGUCUGCAGUCCUUACCCAGAAAAGGGUCCAGUUUUGUGGGAUCUGGAAACCCAGCUCGAAAGCUUCCAAUGACGCGCUGUUACGUCAAAUCAGCGUUCAGUUUCUGGAGAAGAAAAGCCUGCCAUCAAAUUAUCAGCUUUGUGAGGACGGUCUGAGGUUACAUGUCAUACAGGAGAAUGGACGGAAGGGGUCGAGGAAGUCGGAGAAAAUCCCCUUCACUGGGAUCCAGGAUAUAUGUGUCAAUUGGUACAACUCGACCUGCUUGAUGACAAUUUAUGUUGAUGCUCAGAGGAGGUCCAACUACUUAGUGUGUCGAUGUGAGUGUGAACAGGAUGUGUCACAGAUUGUGCUUGCGUUCAAGGAGCACAAGAAAUCCCUAGCUGGAGAAGGUUAUAAAAUAGAUUUAGUGAAACCGCAGGGUACAAAUUGGACGCUGAUGCCAAAACAUGACAACGUCCACAUGAAUGGUCACUCGGAGAUGUCGUCCGAUUCUGGGGAUAACGUGGAUGGUGAGAGGAGGCGGGAUGUUGUCACACAAAACGGUGUCGCCGGGCCCGAGCAUCAUGUGAAAGUGGAGGUAGCCACAGAGACGUUCGAGCGUGAACCGUGCGAGAUUGAAGGGAGGCCUGGGUUUAGUGUGGCGGUACAAACCAACUUCGGUGAUCUAGACUCUGACCGAGAGUCCAUGAUGUCAUCCACAUCCUACCGCUCUCUGAAGGACGAACUGCUUUCCCUGUCUCAAGAAAUUCGUGAGAUCAAGUUUCUGUUGGAAAAGACGACCGGGAUCAGCGCAGCUGAAUACUUCAAAAAAGACAUAAUCCCAAACGGACAGGACCAACGAAAAUAUUUACCCGUGCCUGUUGACGAACUGGAACUACCGUCGCCAACAGACAGCGCCAACAGUGCCGACAAACGCGUCAAUUUCGACAUGCCGGACCAUGACAUCCGAAGUUUUGGUGUUCAGACCGAAAAGGGUCAACGCAAAGGUUAUUACACCAAACGCACUGGACGUUCGGAGGUGAGGGCCAUGCACCCUGUCCGAGGAACAGCAAGACACCGGAGUAGUUCCAGCAGCUCCGUUCCGAGAAGUCCCGGAAGUAUCGGACGUUCGGGUGGCAAUGACGUUUUCGACGUGCCGUCUCACGAACGUUCAUAUUAUAUCAGGGGUUCUGAACAGCAUGUAAGGUCGGGAUACACCACGACAAUUGAGAGACCCAUAGAGGACGUGUACAAAGUGUAUUCAAGGAACUUCCGGAACCCUAGAAAGAAGAUUGUGGUUAUGCCAAGUGGCCAUGCAACGAUGCCUGCCUUACGCAGGCCAAAAAGCUCAUCGUAUUCAUCGUCGAUCAACGAUUUUGAGGUCACUCAAGAAUAUUAGUGUAUGAGAAACUUAUGGAACUGCAUUUUGUCAAACGUGCAUCCAUGGAUAUCUUCCCCUUAUUUCAGAUGAGAGUUGGCAAAUGUUGGUACUUCUGUGGAUUCUGUUGGUAAGGGCACACUGAUGACCAGUUUGUAAACGUGACUGUUUACAUGAGGAAAUGCUUAGAUUCUUGAGUAUGUGGAUACGACAGGAUGUGGACCAGGAUGUGGACCAGGAUGUGGACCUGGAUAUGGACCAGGAUGGAUAUGUCAUGAUAUCGUGUAUAAAGAACUUGUAUAUAUCAACAUAUACGGUGCUCUUAACAGUUAAUACGUGCCUUUGCAGAUAUUACUUACAUUAUAUAAAUAAGCGUCACUGCUUAAGGUGUACAUGACUGAACUGCGAAAUCCUUAACACAGUUACUGCCAUAUUAAGAACAGAUGCAGAAAUAGGUCUGGAUAUGCGUGAAACGUUGUACACAGUUAAAAAUAUACAUUCUAAUGGUCAGCAAAACUUGUCAAACUUGUGCACAAAAGAUAAGAGAUUCGUUCAAGUUUAUAUCAACAUUUUCGCCAAAAUGUACGUGAUACACCAAUUAUCAGUAAUAUGUACGCCAUUGCAGACAGACUGAUGGUAGGGUGUUAAGCGAAAUAGCUUGUGGAAUUCUGCAUUCCGACGGUCAGUUAUAUGUUCAAGUUUAUGCACAUAAAUAUGUACAACGCCAAAAAUAGUUUAAUUAAAUUUAAAUAAAGUGCAAAAUGUUUAGGAACGGAUACAGAUGUACAUUCCGAAUGCCAGUAAUAUGCACUUAAGAACUGUGUUAUAUAUUUUCAAGUCUGUACACACAGUAAUAUAAAUAUGUACAACGUUACAACCAGAUAGCCGGCAAUGUGUACAACGUUAUAUUCUUAGUGUAAGAAAUAUAUACAAAGAUGUGCUAAUAGUUUCAUGAAUCUUUACAAAACUACACAAAUGGUCAGAAAAUAUGUACAACGUGACACAGAAU